GGCAGAACACGAAUCAGGGUAUUUACGGUGACACUUCAUCCACUGCCUUGUUUGUCGUGUCGUUGAACCUUAUAUAGAAUAAAUACUUUCUUAAUAUGUUCAAGUUGAAUUCUGCGCUUUAAAAUAGGCCGUGUCGGACUGAUUGUUUCCCUGGAGCUGGUCAGGGCUACUGGGCCAUGGAGCUCCCGCACCUGGGAGAGCACUGCUCUGAGAGGUCCUGCAAACGCCUGGAUUUUCUUCCGAUGAAAUGCGACGCCUGUGAAGAAAUAUUCUGUAAAGAUCACAUCACAUACGCAAACCACAAGUGCACUUCAUCUUAUAAAAAGGAUGUUCAAGUUCCUGUCUGUCCCCUGUGUAACACCCCAAUCCCCAUCAAGAGAGGAGAAAUGCCAGACAUCAAGGUUGGGGAGCACAUUGACCGAGACUGCCGGUCAGAUCCAGCGCAGAGAAAGAGGAAGAUCUUCACAAAUAAAUGCUCCAGGGGGGGCUGCAAGCAGAAAGAAAUGAUCCAAGUGACGUGUGACCAGUGCCAUCUGAACUUCUGCUUGAAGCAUCGACAUCCUUUGGACCACGACUGUAAGACAGGCAGUCUCCCUGUCUCCAAAUCAGGACACUCUGCUUUAGAGAGGUUCAGAGAAUCUGGCUCCAGCAACGCUGCAGUCUCCCGCCAGCCUGUUCCCAGUGCUCCGCACGGGAAUGCCAGAGCCCAAUCUGACAGUGUGCAGAGGAGCCAUGCGCAGGCAGCCGCCCCCGCCCUGGUUGUCCCCCCAGCACAGAGUGUGGUCCCCCCCUCUGCCUCCUUCCAGGCUGGUCUGACUGAGGAACAGGCUCUGCAGAGAGCUCUGGAGAUGUCCUUGGCUGAGUCGUCUCGCAGCUCUCCGCCAUCGCUAAGUCCCCAGGAACAGGAGGAUCUGGCCCUCGCCCAGGCCAUCGCUGCCAGUGAGGAGGAGUACAGACGGCAGCAGCUGAGACAGCAGGGGUCACGGGGGAGAGGAUCCAAACAGUCCACCUGCUGCUUGUCGUGACCUCUGUCCUCUGUCUGAGCUCAGGCUGGUGUGUAGUGAAGCGUGUUCGCGCUCAGCCUGCCCACGCCUGUCCUCUCCCUUCAGGAAAGUCCAUCGUCAGGGUUAUCGUUACCGCCUCGGCACAACCGAGAGACGCACUGCUAAAAUACCGUGUGUUCUUCUGUUAUACACCAGUGUGUGCAUGCGUUUGUGUGCAUGUGUGUGUGGUCUGUGGGUGUGGUCUGUGUGUUUGUGUGUGUGUGGUCUGUGGGUGUGGCCAGUUUGUGUGUGUGCAUGUGUGUGUGGUCUGUGUAUGUUUGUGUGUCUGUGUGGUCUGUGGGUGUGGUCUGUUUGUGUGCGUGUGUGUGGUCUGUGUAUGUUUGUGUGUGUGUGUGUUUGUGUGCGUGGAUGUGGGUGGCUGUGGUGUGUGUGUGUGUGUGUGUUUGAGAGCAUGUUUGUGUGUGUGGGUGUGUGUCUGUGUGCAUGUAUGUGUGUAUGUUUGUGUGUGUGUGUGUGUAUGUGUGGGUGGGUGGACAAACGGGUAUUCUUCUUGGUUACAUACUACCUUUUCCUUUUUUUGUCUUCUUCUUUUCUCGUUAUUAAUCACAAAAGCCUCAGUCUCUUUUCAUUGAAUUUGCAUAUGCCCUUGACGGCAUAUUAUGCAGGAUUUUUUACCUGAUUAGAAAAUAACCUUGCUCAGUCAAAUCUUUAGUGCGCUGCCUUUGCGCCCCUUUGCCGAAAUUCGUGCUCCUCUGAGCGUGGCGCUCUUUUCUGUGUGGGGAGGGGUGGGUACAGCUACAGUCUGCAGGGCCAGGUCAGGGGUCAAUGUUCAAAAACCGUUGUCAACCUUGGAAUUCCAUAAUGGUGACUGAACUUCACCAAGGGGAUGAAAAGUCAUGUGGAGUUGGUGUGUUUUCUGUUGGACCUGUACUGUAAGUUACGUUAGCUCUAGCUAUCCUGCUAGCUAUGAUUGCUGAAGUGUUUCUUGCCAUCAACGAAGGUGGGUGGGCGGGGUUGAGCAUGGAGGAGGAGUCUUAUUUGAUUGUAAGCACAGGAUCACAUCAAGGCUAAAAAUCCUGCGUAGUGUGCCUUUAACCUGGCUAAGUGCAUUUGAAUGAAUUGAGUUGAGUCUCGGGGAAUGCUCGUUCACUUGAAUUGUACCUGUCUUUUAAGAUUGUUUCUUUAAUUGAAAGCUCAUUAGUGCUUCAUUUAAGCAAAAAAUGAGAUUAAUCACUAUUAAUCACAGCAUACUCUGCAACUAAACAUUGCUUUAUUGUUUGACUGCCACUUGUAUACAUAUAUAUGCUAGAUUGAGUAUUUGCCAUGUUAGUCAUGCCUUGAAUUGUUUCAGAAAUACAUUAUUUAUAAAUAUAAUUAAGUGAAAAUGUUUUAUUUGUGUAAAAAAAGAUAAAAGAUAAACACAUUUCUUCA